AUGUCGCAAACGACAACCAUGGCAUCCAAGACACUCGCGCAACCUGAUGAACUGGAUGUCCAUGCUAGAGAUCACAUACCACCACACCCUCAAGAUGAAGCCAGCAAGACAGUAGGGAACCCAACCUCCAUCCAAAACGAUGACAAUGAUCCCCCUACAAACUCCCGUGAACCAAAACCCACGGAACACAGAUCCAAGAAGAGCCUGGCGCAGAUUGCAACAGUGAUGGCCUCUCUCUGUGCUUGUGUCUUCCUUGCUGCCCUCGAAGUGACAAUCGUCUCAACAGCCCUUCCAACUAUCGCCGCCCACUUCGCUUCUGAUUCAGGCUAUACGUGGAUCGGCACAUCUUUCGUCCUUGCCCACACUGCCUCAACACCGUCGUGGGGCAAAAUCUCCGAUAUUUGGGGAAGAAAACCCAUUUUACUCGUCGCCAACGUCAUUUUCUUUGCUGGCAGUCUUGUAUGCGCUCUUGUAGAUGAUCUAGCAAUCUUCAUUACUGGGCGAGCUAUCCAAGGUUUGGGUGCUGCCGGGAUGCAGACGUUGGUGAAUAUCUGUAUUAGCGAUAUGUUUUCGCAAAGGGAUCGAGGCUUGUACUACGGCUUGACAUCAAUCGUGUGGGCAGUCGCAUCUGGUGUUGGUCCAAUCCUUGGAGGUGCCUUUACCGAUCGACUAAGCUGGAGAUGGUGCUUCUGGAUCAACUUGCCCAUCACUGUUGCAGUCUUUAUUCUACUUGUUGUCACCCUCAAACUCCCGUCCCCUAACACUCCCGUGUGGGCAGGCCUCAAAGCUGUUGAUUGGCCAGGCAGCUUCCUCAUUAUAGGAGGUACUUUGAUGUUGCUUCUAGGGCUCUACUUAGGUGGAGUCUACGAGCCAUGGAACUCAGCUACAGUGGUCUGUCUUAUUGUCUUUGGGAUCAUCACUGCAUUAUUGUUCGUCUGGAACGAGUGGAAGCUGGCACAAUAUCCCGUGAUACCAGUUCGUCUCUUCAAGACUUGGUCAUCGUCGGCUGCCUAUGCUGUCACAUUCUUUCAUGCUUUUGUGUUUAUGGGCGUUGCUUAUUAUUUCCCCUUGUACUUCCAAGCCGUUCUCUUAGCAAGCCCACUUCGCUCGGGACUCUAUCUUCUCCCUUUCAUUCUCUCCAUCUCUAUUUCCGCUGCGAUUACUGGUGUGUACAUACAGUUCAGCGGCAAGUAUCUCCUAGUCUCGCGUGUUGGGCUGGCCAUGAUGACUUUGGGAAUGGGACUCAUGAUGAACUUGAGCAUGGAUUUGAACUGGGCAAAAAUGAUCACUUUUCAGUUAUUAACUGGUAUAGGUGUUGGUAUGAACUUUGAGGGUCCCUUGCUAUCUGUUCAGGCUGUGGUACCGCACGAGGAUGUGGCAGCUGCAACAACCUCAAUGGGAUUUACCAGAACCAUUGCAACAGCCAUAUCCGUCGUCAUUGGUGGUGUUCUCUUUCAAAAUGGGAUGAAAGGAGAAAAUAAAACACUUGUGAGCGCACUGGGCCCUGAGCUCGCCAAGACAUUUGAUGGAGCAUCUGCGUCUGCCAAUAUCGACCUGAUCAAAACACUCCCUACCGAAGCACAGCUUAUUGUGAGGGCCGCAUUCUUCCACUCUCUUGAUAAGAUGUGGAUAUUAUACACUGCAUUCUCGAGCGGUGGGUUGUUGCUCAGUUUCUUCAUGAAGGCGCAACACCUAAGCAAAGACCACAAGGAUGCACAUUUGGGCAUCGCUAAUAAUGAGGAAGUACGGAGUUCAGCAGGAGGUACUGCCAUUUCGACAGACAACAACGGGAAUUACGAACUGAGACACAUCUCUGUGAAGACCAGAGGUGCUUGCCCAAACUGA